AUGCUCACUUACAUGCAGCAAUUUGUAACAAGUUUCAUAGGUUUUAAAACAAGGGCAUCAGUUACCAUUAGUAACAAUCAUCACGAUAUGCAACUUACAAAUCCUGCCAAUUUCUCACCUGGAGAUAUGAGAAAUCCGUUGGACCCGACCAUUACCCCAGGACAAACACCAAAUUCAUCAAAUUUCAUCGCUAAACUUGGUAAUUUCACUUCGCAAGGAAUGAUAUCAUAUAAGAUAGUAGGCCAAAUGGGACCAAAUUGGAAUCCUUUAUAUCUUAUAAUUACAUGGAAAGUAAAAUUAAUAGCCGGGGAAAAUUCAAUAUGUAUCAAUGUCCGUGAAUAUCAAUCACCACCACUCGAUAAUAAGACCCCUGAAGAAAAAUAUUAUUUAUUUAAAGAGUUGCAUAAAAAAGAAAAUAGGAUUUAUCCAGGUGGAACUGCUAUGUGGGAAGAUGACGGAUCUAUCUUUAUUGUCAGAAGAACAAUAGAUAAUAUGUCUGAUGCAACAAUCAAAGUUAGUUUUGAUCAAAAAAAUUAGGUAUUACCCCAAAUAUGUUUUAAAUGGUUGAUUAUUAUUUAUUUUUAAGUUUCAACAUAUAUGUAUAGUAUAAAAGGUUAAGCUUCACUAGUAAGGCUAAUUUAACCUUUAUUAUUUUGAAGUGAACCAUAAAGUCAAGCUGUUGUUUAUUAAGCUUUC